AAUUUCAGAACCCAACGAGUUCAGCAUGGGCGCUACUGUCCAUGCAUGGAAUCUAUUGCUGGGCGCAGUCCUUGUUGACAUGGUGCGCUGCGACACAGGACUUUGGUGCUCUUUUGGAGGCAGAAGAUGCAGACGUUGGGAUUUUGCAGCCAUUGACGAGUCAUGAGUCGUCUGUGGAUUGGCCUUUAGGAGACCUGGAUGGCGCCUCGUUGAGGCUCCGUUUCCGAACGCCUCUGGUCGACCUGAACCGCCAAGUCGUUUUGACCCUGGCUGAGAAAGAUCAGAUCAUACUGCGGGUGCUGUGGGCAUGGCAGGAGGACUCCGCAGUUCAGCGGCGGGAGGAGACCGUGGUCAUCCUGGGGAAGAACUGGCUGGCCCCGGGCUCCUUUUGCAAGCUGGAAUUGCACAUCUCUUUGCAGGACACUUAUUUGAAGAUCAAUGAGUUCAAUCUUGGUUCGCUUCAAUUGCCCAUAUCGAAAAAUUCGUCUCUUCAGCUGCAUGUUGGUAAAGCAGUGAAAGCUGCAGAUGUGGAUUUUCUGGGACAUCUCUUUGAGGUGGCCACUUGGAGAGGCCACGCGCCCGUUCGCCGGGCUUGGCGCCCGCAUUCGUGCCCGAACCUCCAGGUGUCUCUGUGGCUGAACCUGCGGGCGAGGGCCAUGCAGGUGCUUCAAUGCGCCUUUUCCCCGGCCUGCACAUUGAAAUCGGCACCUGGUAGGUAUUUACUGACCAUGGCCGACGAAAUUCUGGAUCGCGACCUGGGAGACCUUUCCGAGGUGAAGAACCAAUGUCCGGUGGGAUUCGCCUUGGCGCAUGCUGUGUCGCUCUUCUUUGGAUAUCUCAUGGAAGGUGAUCCCAUGCAGACCUAUGGAAGUGUGAAAUUUGCGGCUCGGCUUCUGAACCUGAACGAAACGAGCAAGGAGCACAUAUUCGGUGGAACUAGGCCGCUGCUUUGGCUACGGCUCCUGGGAGCCCUGUCUCGGCGACGGAUCGUUGACCUCCUCAACAUGCCCUCAAUCUCAGGUCCGACCUCGUUGCGUGGCGCCUUUUGGAUCAGCGCUGGUGGGAAUCACUCCGUUUCACAUCUUCACGUGAAGGAGGUUGAAGCUGGUGUGGCUUCAAGGUUGUGCUUCGAGAUUCGCCACGAGUCCGACCACCUGGCGCUUCUUCGGAACUCGGUGGAGACCUUGGCGACGGCAGGACUUUUUGCCAGGGGUGGCAAACUUGUGGUUCGUCUUCGAGGAUGCGCAGGCGCUUGGUCAGACCCAGGUGCUCCUCAGGGCUGGUACUUAUGGUGGCUUCAGCGGCGCUUUGGGAGCAGCGCUUUGGUGCUUUGUGACAUGAAGGCGCAUGGCUGUGAAGGUCUCACAGUGCUUCUUCAUAGCAGUUGGCAUUUGCUGCCGUUUCGGUCUGAACAUGUGUGGAGGAAGCUGAGGGAAGCAGCGGAGCUUUUGAACGGAGGCCCCGAGAUCUUCGCCGUGUCCUUGAUGGAGAAGUCCAUGCAAGGCCUUUCUGCCCUUGGACGUGGAGGAAGUGCACUGCAGCGACACUCCGAUUGGAAGACCUUUGUGCUGGCAGCUCCUGCUUUGUCUCGAGAUUGGAACUUCAAAGAAGCCGCACGCACACUGACAGACAUUUACAACUUGUUUGCAGAGACUGGAGCCAAUUCGACGUAUUGGUCGGUGCAGGAGAUGGUGGAGGCCGUGCAGUGGUGCGCCCAUCCUCAGCCGCCUUUCCCCCGUUACCCUUGCGCCCCAAGAUCAUGGUGGACCAAGGAGCUUCCCGGUGGUUCGGAGAGUGAGGAGGAUGUUUGGUUGCUGAGAUCGCCCAACUCAGGUUCGGGUGACCGCAUCGCCUUGUCCAGUGGAUUGUUCCAGAAGACUGACGGGACCAGCUAUGACCACUCAACCUCUGCAAAAUCAGCCCUCGGCAUACCUCCAUGUUAUGCUUGCCACCAGGCUGAGCUGAACUCGAAGCCUUUCACCUUGUACAUCUCGGUGCUGGAUGUCUUGGGUCCCUGCCGUGAGCUCUUCAGCAACCUGGUGCUGGACACCUUGGAGGCUUUGCAGUUCGCAUCCUUUCAGGGACCAGAGGUUGUUCUGGUCGAGCCUUUCAUUUCCAAUGCCGUGUGGAGGCAAUUUGGAGAAGGAGAUGCUGAGCUGCUGCACAAGGCCAAGCCAAAUGCCAGCAUCUACAAGUUCUGGAACGAGGCAGGUGCUUGUGGAUUGCGCUUUGGCAGCGUGACCCCCUUUGGAGAUCUUUUUGAUUGGCGACAUCUCACUCAGUGGCUGAUGGAGGUGCGUGGAAUCAGAGGGCAAAUCUCCUGGGAGCAGUUCCUGAGGGAGACAGGUGGACAAAUUGAUGUCCUUGCCAUGCAAGCACCGCACGUGGACGACGGCAAGUCUUUGCCCUGCGCCGAUUCCAAAGAAGAAGCCACGCUUCGCUUCUAUCAGACGGAGCUCCGGGUACGGCGUCGAGUGUGUGUGCGAAGCACCAAGCACACGCAGGGCUUUGAGCUGCGCUUCUUGGAUGACGGUCGCCUCGCGGAAGUGGUGCAAAGCGCUGUUGCCCAAGCCAAGUCUGAACGGAAGACCUGGACAGCAGUUGGCUUGUAUCUCUACUGGGUCGAGGGUGCUGAAAGGGCAAGACUUCACCCUGGUCGCUAUGGCCUUUUGUCAUCUCACACCUUCUACACGUCGAUCUGGACCGGGCUGCGCUUUGCUCCAGCGAUCCUACGGCGUGCAGCGGUGGUCGCCCAGCAGAUGGGCUUGUUGCUUCGGACAAGGACGCAGAGCCGCGCCGGAGCCUUUUUGGCCGUGCACUGGCGCAAGGGCGACUGGUUCCUGGGGCCACACCCUCGCAAGCUGGAGCAGGCCCAGUUGGCCGAGCCCGGAGCCUUUGCGCUGCGGCUCAAGUCCUUCCUGCAAGAGACGAAGCUCCAGAGGUUAUUUCUGAUGAGCAAUGCAGCGCCAGGAAGUGAGGCCGUGGCGAAGCUGAGGGAUGAGCUGAAUGGGACAGCUGAGCUUCUACAGGCCCCAUUUCUUCCGGGUCAAGAGAACAAUCUGCGACAGCUGUGUGUGGAAAUGGCGAUCGCCUCGGCUGCAGACUUCUUUGUGGCGUUUGGGGACGGCCUGAUUCAAGGGCAUGUGUCAAUGCCAUCGCUGCUGGUGCUGCAGAUGAGGAGCUGGACUUCAAAGCGGAAAGAAGCGCUCAACAGAGUUAGGGUUUGGCCUGAUUUAACGUUCUUCAACAGCAGCAGAGUAGAGGCGUAGCCCGCCGCCUAGAGCCGAGCUGUUCUAAAUGCAAGCAGAGAUUGGAUCUGAUGGAUCGAUGCCGGGCCACGAAGCGAGACCUGAGCUGAAUCAGGCCGAGCCGAAGUCGAACGCUCCAGCGAGCGCUUAGCUCGCUGGGGUCUUUUUGGAUGUCGACCGACCGGCUGGGAACGUCGAGUUCUGCGCCAAUGGUAGGCAGGGAUUUGGGUGUGCAUGUAGUUGAACAUAGGGAGACCUGGUCUAUUUCCCUUCUUGUACAGAUCUAACACACAUGCUACCUUGCGAGACCAGCUGAAGCCUAAUGACUCCACAGAAGUGGGUGCCAUACCCAGCAGUCCCCACGCCGUUCGCAGAGCAUGCGCUGGGUACGAUAAAGGAGCCCUGCAGACCAGUCCCUGCAAGACCGGACCCUGAGGAUUCCAUCUCUCGUUCGAUAUGGCCAGGUGCCAUGCUUCCUGGCAUAGCCGACCAUCGAGAUGACCAUGUGACAGGGUCAGUGACACAACACUGAACCUGUGGAUUUGUGUAUUACAGUAUAUAUAUAUAUACAUUAAAUAAUAGGGAGACCUCCCAAUUCAAACCCAAGAAAGAAGGACACUAGACCCGUCUACCCAGCCAGGCGGCCCAGGGGAUCUCCCUCUCCAAAUGCACAUCUUGACGUGGAAUUGACCAGGACCCACGCCGAGUCCUGGCCAAUCGACUCCAACGCCUUCUCCUUUGCGAGUCCGGAGCUCUUCGGCAGCGACUGGCUGGGACUUUGAGCAGAUCGGGUCCAUGAAGAGAGCUGG